UAUCUCCACAAUGGCAAUUGAACAAUGGAAGGAGGAUAUUGCAUACGCAAUGACGCCUGUUAAAUUGUUUACAUGGCCUAUUGGCGUAUGGCCACUUCAAGUUUAUAACAUAUAUUCCUUGUUACGUUGUAUUGUUAGCACUUGUUUCGCGAGCCUAGUUGUGAUCUUGCCGGCUAUGGAGAUAUGUAUGGGCUGCACUGACGUAACGCAAAGCAUAGAUUGUCUGAUGGUAAUCUGUUGCGGAUUGCUCGGUGUACUAAAGUUGAUAUGGUUCCGCAUUUAUGCAAAUAGUUUAAUUGUCAAUUACAACUCUGCUUUAAAUGAUUAUCUAACGAUUGACGACACAAACGAGCGCAAGAUUAUGCGAAAACAUGCUUUUAUGGGAAGGAUUCUUUGCUCUUGCUUAAUGAGUCUUGCUUAUUUACCUAAUCUAGUAGCUGGAAUAGCUCCCAUUUUAGUUUAUGAUAAUCAGAUUAAUAUAACAAACGAAAGUAUAGCACUAGAUUAUGCUAUGCCAUCAAAAUGCGCUCUGGAAUUUUUUCAUUUUCCAGCGAGUAUGUUUAAAAUCUCCUGUCUACUCGAAAUUGUUGUAAUGCUGACGGGGGCUACAGCUAAUAUUGGUAACGACGUAUUGUUUCUCACCAUUACAUUGCAUGUUUGCGGUCAAGUAAACAUUUUGAGGAGCCAUUUCAUCAACUUCGAUGUUACAAGUCCGCGAAUAUUCGAUCGUUUCAGUGCGUUAAUUCAAAGACAUCAAGAACUGAUAAGGCUGGCCAGAGAACUUUCCGAUCUGAUGAGUUUUGUAUUGCUAAUAGAACUAUUCCUCAUCAGCAUAUUAUUAUGUAUAAUGGGAUUUCAGUUUAUCUUCGCAUUGAAAGUCAAAAAUAUCGCAAUGGUAGGAAAGAGUUUAAUAGCACUGAGUCUCUUUUUGUCACAACUAUCGCUGUAUAGUUUUAUCGGGAAUUAUCUGAAAACUGAAAUGGAAGAAAUAGGAUUCUCUAUUUAUCAAAGUGCUUGGUACAGUUUUCCUAAAAAAUUAGCAAGAAACGUAAUCUUUAUUCUUAUGCAAACAAAAUCUCCAGUCGCGUUACAGGCUGGAAAUUUUAUCGCAGUUAAUUUGUCAACUUAUAUUGAAUUAAUAUUACUUAGCUGAAACAAUCGAGAAAUCGAGAUGAUAAAUACAAUACAGUCGAUGCGUACAUAGUGCGAACGAAACAUGCAUAGUUAUCUUUAACACUUCACAGAAUAAAAGAAAAAGUUUUUUAUCGAAUGACGACUUAGAAAGCAUAGUCAUGUGUGUUCUUAUUUCAGCAAUACAAUUUUACGUAAAAGCAUAAUACUCUAUAUUUUGUUGUAAUGCGUUA